AAAACACGCUUUCAGCUUUGAUGAACAACCUCGUCAUCUAAAUAAACCCCGUUGAAAACCUAACGACUCGAGAGCGGAAGAGUGAAGGUAGAUCGAUCGAACGAUAAACCCUACACAAAAUGGCUCAAUCAGCGAAGCCGAUCUCAAGCCCGGUGCCAGAUGCGUGGUACCCGACCUUGGCCGUUUUCAUGCUCGCGAUUGGGCUCGUCGUCACGGCUUCUUUCUUCAUCUAUGAAGCUACCUCCUCCAGGAAGAAUCGUAGCCUCGCAAAGGAGCUGAGCACCGGAGCUGUUGCUUCUGUCUUCUUGGGAUUUGGAUCUCUGUUCUUGCUACUCUCUUGCGGCGUCUAUGUUUGAGUCGAUAAUAUCAAAUAGGAAAUCGAGUUUUCUGAGCAGACGAUUGUCCAUUCAGAACAAACUGAGGUUAUUUUUCAUAUGUCGAAUGCAACUUUCAUUUAGUUUUUUGAUCCUCGAGUGAAUUGAUGCGUACGUACAUUUUUCUUAUAAUCGAAGACGUUAUCUUUA